ACGACGACGUGUGGGGACCAUCUUUCUCAUUGAAACGGUAAUCUUCCUUCAGCAAUAAAUACCUGUAGAAAGGGUAUCAGAUUUUCUCCAUAUAUCACAAUCUUUUCUCAUCUCUUACUCUCUGCCUUUGCUUCAACAAAAAUCAAAUAUAUACACUCAACUAACCUCAUUUCUAUACCUCUUUUUCUCUUCUUUUUUUCCUGUGAAUUCCUCAAUCCUCAGUGAUUUUUAUUUCUGAGUUUGAUUGACGAAAACGGGUACCGGAAAGAUUGAAGUAUCAAAAUUUCCAAUAUCGAGCAAAUUUGAUUUGCUCGGUGUUUUAAUGCAAAGGGUAGAGAAAAUUCACAAAGGGGUUACUGGUUUUCCGGUCUGUGGGUAUAGUUAUGCCAGAGAUCUUAGAUAAUAAUUAUGAAGGCAGUCCAUCUCUACUAUCCGCCGCCGCGGCAGCCGACGUCGAUGGCGAAUUAACUCCGGCGGAGGACUUCAAUUCAAACCUUUUUGACAAAUAUGAGCUGGGAACACUCCUGGGUUGUGGCGCCUUUGGCAAAGUAUAUCAUGCCACAGUCAUCACUACGACACAAAGCGUGGCGAUUAAGGUCGUUAGCAAACAGAAAAUCCUCAAAGGUGGACUAACGGCGCACGUCAAGAGAGAAAUCUCUAUCAUGCGCCGGUUGCGUCACCCACAUAUCGUGCGCCAACAUGAAAUUCUCGCCACCAAGAAGAAAAUCUACUUCGUCCUGGAAUUCGCUAAAGGAGGCGAACUUUUCGCAAAGCUCGCUAAAGGCCGGUUUAGCGAAGAUCUCAGCCGUCGAUAUUUCCAGCAGUUAAUCUCCGCCGUUGGAUACUGCCACUCUCGCGGCGUAUACCACCGUGAUUUGAAACCGGAGAAUUUAUUACUGGACGAAAAUUGGGACCUGAAAGUUACCGAUUUCGGGUUAAGCGCCGUCAGGGAUCAGAUCCGAUCCGACGGGUUGCUUCAUACACUUUGUGGGACCCCUGCUUACGUGGCGCCGGAGAUUUUGAAGAAGAAAGGCUAUGAUGGUGCUAAGGUGGAUAUAUGGUCAUGUGGUAUUAUCCUCUUUGUGUUUAAUGCUGGGUAUUUACCUUUCAAUGACACAAAUAUAAUGACCAUGUAUCGGAAAAUUUACAAAGGUGAAUUCCGUUGCCCCACAUGGACCUCGCCAGAGUUGAAGAGGUUGUUGACCCGAUUACUUGAUAUCAACCCGGUUACUCGUAUCACCGUUGAGGAGAUUAAGAAUGACCCAUGGUUUCAAAAAGGUUAUCAAGAGGUGAAGCCGGAUAAUCACCAAUUCGAAUUCAAAUCUUGGUCGGGUCCGGGUUCCACCAGAGAAUUUCUGAACGCGUUUGAUAUUAUCUCGUAUUCAUCUGGUUUUAAUUUCUCCAGUUUGCUUAAAGGUAAUGGUGGAUUCAUUAUUAAUGAGCGAUUCGUAUCGGCGGAAACGCCAGAAAAGAUAAUCAGGAAAAUUGAGGAGGUGGCGGAAGCAGAGGGGAUGACGGUGGCACAGAGGAGUGGCGCCUCUGUGAAGGUCGAGGGGAAGAAUGGUAAUUUUGUUGUAAUGGUGGUGGUUAACCGGCUAACUGAGAAACUGGUAAUAGUGGAAAUUCAGAAAAGGGAGAGUGAUGGUGAAAUAUGGAAGAAGAAAUUCAAACCGCAGAUAAGUAUACUUGUUUAUCAAGGGGAAGGACCCAUUUCUAAUAGCUGAAAAGUACAUUUGGCCUAAUUUUUAUGCAUUGGUGAUUUAAUGAAAAUUUUCGAGGGAAGCAAAUUAAUGUGUUGUAUUACUUUAACUAUGUUACUACAUUAAUUUAAUAUAAUAAAUGAAUGAUUGGUAACCUA